GGGGGGGUUGGGUUGGGGGGUUGGGGGGGAUUGUGAUGUCAGGCCCCGGCGACGGGUUUGUGGAGAAACGUUGUCUGAUUCUCUGUUGGGGCUGAAGAGAGGAGGGAUCAGCAGCUCACAAGGGCAUCUCCAGGACAUUGAGAAGAAUUUAGAAAAUAAGGAAAAUUGGAGGGAAUCAAAAGCAUCAGAACAUACAGAAACAAUAAAAAUCGCGGUUUCAUAUCAGAACAUGGACAGUACUAGUAUGGACGUGGCUACAGCUGGAGAGAGAGGAAUUAUGGAACCCACCAGCGAGCGAGAGGAAGAAUGGUCCGUCGACCUUUCAGAAUCAAAAUGGUUGUUCGAAGGACCAGAUGAAGAACUCCGCUCAGCCACUGCGGUGGAAACACAGACAGGGGAGGAGGAGGAGGAGGAGAGGGUGAAGGAGAAUAGCCUUAGGAACCUGGAAGCAGCAGCGCUGAAGGUGAAGGACAACCCGCGGGACGAUGAGGAGGAGGAGCCACGACCAGAGGACAAAAGAAGUUUGCGGGAAUUGUUCUUCACUUUUAUGUUCUCUGACUCCUCCAAAGAGGAAGAACAUGAAAUGGCCUUUCUUGACCUGGCGCUGGCGUGGGCACAACGGGAUUUGGAGCGUCUAGCCAACCAGGUCAAGAUGAUCUCAGCCAAGAGGGAGGAGGAGAGGAGCAGGCAACAGAACAAGGAGACAGGAGGGGAGAAUAAGGAGGCUGGAUCAGAAGAAUUCCCACAGAUCAAAGCUGAAAUAAUGAUGCAACGGUGCAAGGAAUUCCUUCUUUCAAGAUCCUCCAAUCAGGAAACAGCACUGUCUUCCCCUCUUGACCUGGAGCUGGCCACGGCACAAGAGGAGCUGGAGCUGAAAACCAAAGAAGUCAAGAGCAUCGCCACGGACAGGGAAGGGGCGAGGAGGUGGUGGCUGAAGAGAAGAGAACAAAUGGAGGAGAACAACACUGUUGUGGCAGAGGACGUCCCAAAGUCAGACGAAGAAGAACAGAAAGAGGAGGAAGUUCAGGGCAUCCAGAGAGAGCAGACAUCGGUAGAAGCGGGAGUGGAGGAACUCUCCAGGGGACCUGCUGCUGGUGUUGUUUUUCCUGGAGGAAAAGAACUGAUGAUUGAGGUUAAAGAACACUCCUCCCCUCUCAUCUCCUCUGGCUGGAUCGUGGCUCCUCUGCUCCUCUCCUCGGAAGAUUAUAUUAUUUGUUGUUAUUAUUGUUGUUAUUGUUAUUAUUCCUUUUGUUGGAUUUUGUUGGGGGCAGUUGACUCCUUCGUUCCUUCGAUAUUUAAGGCUUCAUCCAAUACUCCAUUCAAGAGGCAGUCUCCAUGUAAGAGUUUUGACUAUGAGCGUUGGGAAGCUAUGUGGCUGUAG